AUGAAAGUCCGACAAGCCUGUUCCCAAUGUCGCUGCCGCAAGAAAAGAUGCUAUCGGGUAGAUAAUGGUAAUGCGUGCGUUCGUUGCGUGGAGGGAAAACUUCAAUGUUCAUACUCGAUCAAGCCAACGCGGCCUCCUCAGCAACAAAGACUGCAGCCUUCGGCAUGGUCUUCAACGACAACAUCUCCGUUGGAACUUCCGAAAGACGUAGUAGAAAGCGUGGUGGAGCUCUACCUCCGUUACAUACAUGACAGACCACACAGUCUGUUUCAUGGUCCGACCUUGAGACGUCAAGUGCGUGAUGAUCGACUGGGCAAGGCUCUACUUUGCGCCGUGUGCAGCUAUGGCAGUCGAUUCCAUGCAGACGCCUCGAUCCAGUCAUUAGCAUCGCCGCUCACCGCAGAGGCAAAGCGGAUCUUGAACAUGGACAUCGAGAAUGCAUGUCUGGAAAAUGUCAAGACGGCCAUCUUGGUCGCCAAUCUGUCUGCUUCAGAGUUGAACUCGACUUCGGAGGCAAUCUACUGUAGUCUGGCCAACCGAAUGGCCUAUAUCUUAGGCAUCAACAAGCCGGACCCACGGGACAGCAUUGUCGUCAAAGAGACCAAGCUCAGGGUUUGGUCGAGUUUGUUCAUGAGCGACCGCUGGUGUUCUACCAGGCUGGGCCUGCCGCGACAGAUCAGCGACUUCGACUUCGAGGGUCGCCACGCUCCACAUCUGCCCAUGGAUGAAUCUGUCUUUCACCGACUCGGUCCCGACGAGCAUGCCAUGCCGGAACCCUGGAAACCAGGUCUAUGGGCGCACAUGAUUACCCUCGUCCGGGUCUUCGGUCCCAUACAAGACUUCAACCAGCGGCUCGCCCAGGAUGGGGUCAUGGACGAUGAGCUCGACCGUAGCGUUGAACAACUUGCCCAGGAACUGGACUUGUGGGAGCAGCUGUUGCCAGUCGACAUCAAGUUGACCAGAACGAAUCUGGAAAGUCACAGGAGGAACGGCCAGGGCGGUCCCUUCGUAGCGCUGCAUCUGGGGUUUCAUCACUAUUCUACACUUCUCUACUUUCAUUCCCUGGAUUACCCUCCUGCCACAGCUGCCGUCGCUGCCAGGACAAGCUUUGCGGAUCGUUGCAGGGCGCACGCCUCGGCAUGCAGCACGCUUCUUCAGACCGCUCGCGAGACCGAAGGCUGCGAGGCAGUCUAUGCGACGGUUGGACAAAUGACCAUGGUCUCGUCCGCUGUGUUGCUUCAUACUCUGUUGUUCGGCAAUGAUCAUGAACUGGCAGACGCGCGAAGCAGCCUCACCUCCAACUUUGAGGCCUUGAUCGAACUCAAAAAGUACUGGCCUGUCAGCAUAGGAAAGACGAUCGAACGCCUGUUUGUCUUCCAAGACAUGUGCCUGAUGUCAGCUGAUGCCCAAUCGACACACAAGAUCGAUCGGUGGAUGGUAAGAUUUCUGCUGGAGCAUUCACUGCCGCUGCUCGAUGAGAUACCGCCAGAAAUCAAUGACGCUCCAUCAUCUGUCGAGUUUGCAACCCCGUCCAAUCACGAUCGAUCGUUUACCGAACGUGGUCUCAUCACGAAGCAUGUUCUUAGUGGACUUCUAGAUGGAGACAUGUAA